UUUCGAUAACUAUUACGAUUUUCACGAUUUUCCGAAUCGAACUUCACGUUUCUUCUCUAAUUCCUUCACUUUGUCGCGUGUGAUUUUUAAAACGAUUGGUGAAAUAAUCUUUUAACCAAGAUAAACGGAUCGCUGGAUACCCGAAACUUUACAAAAACAAGAUGUCUGGAAGGCAACGUGGUCUAUUCCGAAUGAUAUUUAGAGAUUUUUUAGCAUCAAUCAGACCUAAUAUUAGUAGACCAAAGUUGAUGGGAGAAGAUUAUUUCGGAACUAAAUAUUAUGAAGUACCAAUAAGUUCCACAUCUACAAAAAAGAAACCUGCUCGAUAUUUUAAAGCUAUAAACAAUGAUUUUGAACAAGAAAUACCUGCAGAAUGGGAAGCUUGGUUGAGAUAUCGUAGAAAGGAACCACCAACUUUCAUAGAAAUUGAGACAAAUUAUAAAAUGCAAAUAAUUAAAAAAAUGAAUGCAGCUAAAUUAGAAGCUUCUAAUAAAGAAUUAACAACUUCAAAGAAAACUGAUAUACCUGUUGAAAAACGUGGAUAUGAAAGUUUUCCCGUCUAUGAUGAGUAUAAUUCUACGAGUAAAUAUAUCGAAUUAAAACCUAAAUUAAAACUAAAAUAACUUAUUAUUAAAUUAUAUAAUAAAUAUAUAUAGGUAUAUAAAAAAUAAAAGAGUAAUAUACGCUUAUCGUGUUAUGACUAUAACACAUCCUUUAUAUUUGUAGUCAAUAAAACCUUCAUAAUAUAUA